AUGGAAUCACACGUCAAAUACCUUGACGAACUGAUAUUGGCAAUAAAAGACCUGAACUCGGGGGUGGGUUCGAAGGUACAGAUCAAAAAAGUGCCCACGGAUCCAUCUUCUUCCCAGGAGUACGCCAAGAGUUUGAAAAUUCUGAACACCCUUAUAAGAAACCUAAAAGAUCAAAGAAGAAACAACAUUAUGAAAAAUGAUACUAUUUUUUCGAAAACUGUUUCUGCCCUUGCCCUGUUGUUAGAGUACAACCCCUUCCUACUUGUUAUGAAAGAUUCUAACGGAAACUUUGAGAUACAACGGCUGGUAGACGAUUUCCUCAGUAUAUCCGUUCUGAACUAUGACAAUCACCAUAGAAUAUGGUUUAUGAGGAGAAAAUUAGGCAGCUGGUGCAAAGCUUGUGUCAAAUUUUAUGGAGAACCCACUAAGUUUCAGCUUACUGCCCAUUUUGAGAAUAUCAUGAAUCUUUACGAACAGGCCUUAACAGAAGUCCUGUUGGGUGACACGGAGCUUCUCAAGUUUUAUGAAACACUGAAAAGUCUAUACAUUCUAUUAUACUGGUUCACUUCUGAGCAUAGUACUUUUGGGAACUCCAUAGCGUUCUUAGAUUCUUCUUUGGGGUUCACAAAAUUUGACUUAAACUUCCAACGACUGGUAAGGAUCGUUCUUUAUGUAUUUGAUUCCUGCCAACUGCCACCAUUAGAAUAUGCUGAAAUCCAACUCAAAUAUGUUUCUCUGGUUGUGGACUAUGUUUGCAAUAGAACGAUUGCCAUAGCCCUGGAUACACCAGCUUUAGUUAAUUGUGAACAGUUAAAAUUUGCAUUGACUACUAUGCAUCAUUUUUUGGACAACAAGUAUGGGCUCUUGGAUAAUGAUCCCACAAUGGCAAAAGGAAUUCUUCGGCUAUAUUCUCUUUGCAUUUCUAACGAUUUCUCAAAAUGCUUUGUAGACCACUUCCCCAUUGAGCAGUGGGCAGAUUUUUCACAAACUGAACCUUUUCCGUUCACUCAAUUAACCAAUAAAGCCCUAUCCAUUGUAUAUUUCGAUUUGAAAAGAAGAUCUCUACCUGCUGGGGCUUUAAAGUAUGAUAAUAAAUAUAACAUCUGGGUUUACCAAUCGGAGCCGGACUCGAGUUUGAAAAAUGUCACUUCUCCCUUUGAUGAUCGAUAUAAACAGCUGGAGAAACUAAGAUUAUUAAUACUAAAGAAGUCUAAUAAGACACAAAGAGAGACUUUGCUCAAAUACCGUGUGAACCAACUAAGUCCUGGAUUCUUCCAAAGAACCGGCAACGACCUCAAGUUAAUUUUAAACGAAGCGUCUGUGUCCAUUCAAACUUGUUUCAAGACAAACAAUAUAACAAGGCUAACAUCAUGGACUAUAGUCCUCGGACGCUUAGCAUGUCUAGAAUCAGAGAAGUUUUCUGCCAGUCUAACAAACUCUACAAAGAAUAUGGACAACUGGUACGUUUGUCAUUUAUGCGAUAUUGAGAAAACUGGCAACCCGUUUGAGCGAAUAAAUUCAAAUAGACCAGAGGCAGGAAGUAAAUCAGAAAUUUUCAAGAUACUUCAAUCAAACUUUCUAUCCCACCCGAAAAUAGACGAAUUUAGUGAAUCUUUGUUAAGCGGCAUCUUAUUUUCUCUACAUAGAAUAUUCUCACACUUUCAACCGCCAAAACUUACAGAUGGAAACGGCCAAAUUAAUAAUGCUUUUGGACUGGUUCAAAAGUGUUUUAUGAAUUCUAAAAGAUACCUACGUCUAUUAAGUACUAGGAUUAUACCUUUAUUCAACAUAUCAGACUCUCAUAAUUCCGAAGAUGAACAUACUGCGACGCUAAUAAGGUUCCUGCAAUCUCAAAAAUUGCCAGUGAUGAAAGAAAAUUUAGUCAUUGCUUGGACGCAAUUAACAUUGACGACUUCUAAUGAUGUAUUUGAUACACUACUUUUGAAACUGAUUGACAUCUUCAAUUCCGAUGAUUAUAGUCUACGAAUAAUGAUGACCUUGCAAAUUAAAAAUAUGGCGAAAGUCUUGAAGAAAACACCAUAUCAAUUAUUAUCACCUAUUUUACCUGUAUUACUAAGACAAUUGGGGAAAAAUCUUGUGGAAAGGAAGGUUGGCUUUCAAAAUCUAAUCGAAUUAUUGGGCUAUUCCUCUAAAACGAUUCUUGAUAUUUUUCAGAGAUACAUCAUUCCUUAUGCAAUUAUUCAAUAUAAAAGUGAUGUAUUGAGUGAAAUUGCCAAGAUUAUGUGUGAUGGUGAUACAAGUUUAACUAAUCAGGUGAAGGUUAAUUUAUUGAAAAAAAACAGUAGGCAGAUAUUUGCCGUAGCGUUGGUGAAACAUGGUCUUUUUUCUUUGGAUAUCUUGGAAACUCUUUUUCUGAACAGAGCCCCAACUUUUGACAAGGGAUAUAUUACUGCAUACCUUCCUGAUUAUAAAACUUUAGCUGAAAUAACAAAGCUUUACAAAAACAGUGCUACCAAAGACGCAAGUGACAGCGAAAAUGCUAAUAUGAUCUUAUGCUCUUUACGAUUUUUAAUCACAAACUUUGAAAAGGACAAAAGACAUGGUUCAAAGUACAAAAAUAUGAACAACUGGACAGACGAUCAGGAAAAAGCGUUCCAAAAGAAACUACAGGACAAUAUUUUAGGUAUUUUCCAAGUUUUUUCGAGUGACAUACACGAUGUUGAAGGUCGCACCACUUACUACGAAAAGUUAAGGGUAAUCAACGGUAUUUCCUUUCUUAUUAUAUAUGCACCAAAAAAAUCCAUAAUUUCCGCAUUAGCUCAGAUUAGUAUUUGUUUACAAACAGGACUUGGACUUAAGGAAGUCCGAUACGAGGCCUUUAGAUGUUGGCAUUUGUUGGUUCGCCAUCUCAAUGAUGAAGAGCUCUCUACCGUUAUAGAUAGCUUAAUUGCAUUCAUACUUCAAAAAUGGUCUGAAUUCAAUGGGAAGCUUCGAAAUAUAGUAUACAGUAUACUGGAUACCUUAAUCAAAGAGAAGUCAGAUCUGAUUUUGAAGUUAAAACCGUACACUACUUUAGCUUUAGUGGGAAAGCCUGAAUUAGGUAUUUUAGCUCGUGAUGGCCAAUUCGCAAGAAUGGUGAAUAAAAUAAGAAGCACCACGGACCUUAUACCCAUAUUUGCCAAUAACUUGAAAAGCAGUAAUAAGUACGUCAUAAACCAAAAUUUAGACGACAUAGAGGUCUAUCUUAGGAGAAAGCAAACAGAAAGAUCGAUUGAUUUUUCACCGAAGAAGGUUGGACAAACUUCUGAUAUAACUUUGGUUCUAGGCGCUUUACUAGACACUUCUCACAAGUUUAGAAAUUUGGACAAAGAAUUAUGCGAGAAAUGCGCCAAAUGCAUCAGUAUGAUUGGUGUCUUAGACGUUACAAAACAUGAGUUUAAAAGAACUACAUAUUCAGAAAACGAAGUUUAUGACCUGAACGACAGCAUUCAAACUAUCAAGUUCUUAAUAUGGGUUAUUAACGAUAUUCUCGUUCCUGCAUUUUGGCAAAGUGAGAAUCCUAGCAAGCAAUUAUUUGUUGCCCUUGUCAUACAGGAAUCAUUAAAAUACUGUGGUCUAAGUUCAGAGUCAUGGGAUAUGAAUCAGAAGGAAUUAUAUCCAAAUGAAGCUAAACUAUGGGAAAAGUUUAAUUCCGUCUCCAAGACAACUAUCUAUCCGCUUUUAUCUUCCUUAUACCUUGCGCAAUCCUGGAAAGAAUAUGUCCCGCUUAAAUAUCCCUCUAAUAACUUUAAGGAAGGGUACAAAAUCUGGGUGAAAAGAUUUACAUUAGAUUUAUUAAAAACAGGUACAACUGAAAACCAUCCAUUACAUGUGUUUUCUUCUUUGAUUAGAGAGGACGAUGGCUCACUAUCAAAUUUUUUGCUACCUUAUAUUUCUCUGGAUAUUAUUAUCAAAGCAGAGAAGGGAACUCCAUACGCGGAUAUUUUAAAUGGAAUUAUCAUUGAAUUUGACAGCAUUUUUACGUGCAAUCUGGAAGGGAUGAAUAACUUGCAAGUCGAUUCGUUAAGAAUGUGCUAUGAAUCAAUUUUCAGAGUGUUUGAAUAUUGCAAAAAAUGGGCAACUCAGUUUAAACAAAAUUACAGUAAACUACAUGGCACUUUCAUUAUUAAGGAUACAAAAACGACUUACAUGCUUUUGAGAAUAGAAGAAUUUUUGCAAACAACUCCUUCGGAUUUAUUGGCUCAACGCUCUUUGGAGACAGAUUCUUUUGAAAGAUCUGCUCUAUACCUUGAACAGUGCUACCGACAGAAUCCUCAUGAUAAAAAUCAAAAUGGACAACUACUGAAAAAUCUACAGAUCACUUACGAAGAAAUCGGAGACAUUGACUCACUCGAUGGUGUACUAAGAACCUUUGCUACGGGAAACUUAGUAUCUAAAAUUGAAGAAUUACAAUUUUCUGAAAACUGGAAACUUGCGCAAGACUGCUUCAAUGUUCUUGGCAAAUUUUCAGAUGAUCCUAAAACUACCACCAGAAUGCUAAAGUCUAUGUAUGACCAUCAACUCUAUUCUCAAAUAAUAUCGAGCUCUUCUUUCCAUUCUUCAGAUGGAAAAAUUUCUUUGUCUCCGGAGGUAAAAGAAUGGUAUAGUAUAGGCCUAGAAGCUGCAAAUCUAGAAGGUAACGUUCAAACUUUAAAGGAUUGGGUGGAAAAAAUAGAGAGCUUGAGAGACAUUGAUGAUAGAGAAGUGCUUUUGCAAUACAACAUUGCUAAAGCCUUGCUUGCUAUCUCAAAUGGUGAUCCAUUGAGGACUCAAAAAUACAUCCACAAUUCCUUUAGGCUUGUCGGAACAAACUUCAUAACGUCGUCUAAAGAGACGACUCUGUUAAAGAAGCAAAACUUAUUGAUGAAAUUACACAGUUUAUACGACCUCAGUUUGUUAUCUUCCGCCAAAGAUAAAUUUGAGUACAAAAGUAACACUACCAUACUUGAUUAUCGAAUGGAACGUAUUGGGGCUGACUUCGUGCCCAAUCAUUACAUAUUGUCAAUGAGAAAGUCAUUUGACCAAUUAAAGCUGAAUGACCAGGCAGACGUUGACUUAGGAAAAACAUUCUUCACUUUAGCCCAAUUAGCGAGAAACAACGCUAGGUUAGAUAUAGCUUCCGAAUCAUUGAUGCAUUGUUUGGAGAGGCGAUUGCCUCAGGCAGAACUGGAAUUUGCUGAAAUACUAUGGAAGCAAGGUGAGAAUGAUAGAGCAUUAAAAAUAGUACAAGAAAUACAUGAGAAGUAUCAAGAAAAUUCAUCAGUCCACGCUCGUGAUCGUGCUGCCGUACUAUUGAAGUUUACCGAGUGGUUAGACCUUUCGAACAAUUCGGCGUCUGAACAAAUUAUUAAACAAUAUCAGGAUAUAUUUCAGAUUGAUUCUAAAUGGGAUAAACCCUAUUACUCUAUUGGCUUAUACUAUAGCAGACUACUUGAGCGCAAAAAAGCAGAAGGUUAUAUUACUAAUGGUCGUUUUGAGUAUAGGGCAAUAUCUUACUUUUUAUUGGCGUUUGAAAAGAACACGGCUAAAGUAAGAGAAAAUUUACCGAAAGUUAUCACAUUUUGGCUUGAUAUUGCUGCCGCAUCAAUUUCUGAAGCUCCAGGAAACAGGAAGGAAAUGUUGAGUAAGGCUACAGAGGAUAUAUGUAGUCAUGUUGAGGAAGCGUUGCAGCAUUGCCCCACAUACAUUUGGUACUUUGUUUUGACUCAGUUGUUGUCUAGGUUACUACAUUCUCAUCAAUCAUCGGCCCAGAUAAUAAUGCACAUACUUUUGAGUUUGGCUGUUGAAUACCCAUCUCAUAUUUUAUGGUAUAUCUCAGCCCUUGUGAAUUCUAAUUCUUCAAAAAGAGUUCUUCGUGGUAAGCAUAUUUUAGAAAAGUAUAGACAGCAUUCACAAAAUCCUCAGGAUUUGGUUUCUAGUGCUUUUGAUUUAACGAAAGCGUUAACUCGCGUUUGUUUGCAAGAUGUCAAAAGCGUCACAAAUAGAUCAGGUAAAUCUUUAGAAAAAGACUUCAAAUUUGACAUGAAUAUGGCUCCGUCUGCAAUGGUUGUUCCGGUAAGAAAAAAUUUAGAUAUCAUAUCACCACUAGAGUCUAACUCAAUGAGGGGCUACCAACCAUUUAGGCCGGUUGUUACUAUAAUUAGAUUUGGAUCAUCUUACAAGGUUUUUUCCUCACUAAAGAAACCCAAACAAUUGAAUAUAAUAGGAUCAGAUGGCAACAUUUAUGGAAUCAUGUGUAAGAAGGAAGAUGUCCGACAAGAUAAUCAAUAUAUGCAGUUCGCAACAACAAUGGAUUUUCUUCUAAGUAAAGACAUAGCUUCAAGAAAAAGAAACCUAGGCAUAAAUAUUUACUCAGUACUAUCCCUUCGAGAAGACUGUGGGAUAUUAGAAAUGGUACCAAAUGUUGUUACUUUAAGAUCUAUCCUUUCUACGAAGUAUGAAAGUCUAAAAAUUAAGUAUAGCCUGAAAAGCCUGCACGAUAGGUGGCAGCACACCGCGCCAGAUGGGAAACUAGAGUUUUAUAUGGAGCAGGUAGAAAAAUUUUCUCCAAUUCUAUAUCAAUGGUUUCUAGAAAAUUUUCCUGACCCAAUUAAUUGGUUCAAUGCCAGGAAUACGUAUGCCAGAUCUUACGCCGUCAUGGCGAUGGUUGGACAUAUAUUAGGUCUAGGUGAUAGGCAUUGUGAAAAUAUAUUACUCGAUAUACAGACCGGUAAAGUUCUUCAUGUAGACUUUGACUGUUUAUUUGAAAAAGGCAAGAGGUUACCUGUUCCAGAAAUUGUUCCCUUUAGGCUAACGCCAAAUUUACUAGAUGCAUUAGGCAUAAUUGGGACAGAAGGAACAUUCAAGAAAUCUAGCGAAGUCACAUUGGCUUUAAUGAGAAAAAAUGAAGUAGCGUUAAUGAACGUGAUAGAAACAAUCAUGUACGAUAGAAACAUGGACCACUCAAUACAAAAAGCACUAAAAGUUUUAAGAAACAAAAUCCGCGGUAUAGAUCCGCAGGAUGGCCUGGUUUUAAGUGUUGCUGGCCAAACAGAAACAUUGAUCCAAGAAGCAACAUCAGAAGAAAAUUUAAGCAAGAUGUAUAUUGGUUGGCUUCCAUUUUGGUAG